AUGGCUUCCAGAUCCGAAGCUUCCGAGACUUUGAAGGUCGCCAUCAUCGGCGCGGGGCUGGGUGGCCUCACCUUGGCCAAGGCGCUGCUUCACCAUGCAACCGAAGGACGAAAGGUGGAGGUGUGUUUGUACGAAGCCUGGGACGAGUGGAAGGUGCGUGGUGGAGCCAUCGGUCUGGCAGCAGGCAAGCGCAUCCUGGAGAAAUUGGGUCUCAAGGGCCAGCUGGCUGCAGUGGCCAACCAGAUCAAUGGCUAUCAGAUGAAUUUCCACGCGAAUGGCAGCAAGUUGAACACCUUAUGCGUCCCAGGUUGCACAGUCAUGCGCACAGAUCUUCAGAAAGUCUUGGUUGAGUCGCUUCCCCCCAAUGUCGUCAAGCUUGGCCACAAGCUGGUUGAGAUCGUGGAGGGAGAGGAUGAAGUCAUGCUGGAGUUCGAGAACGGAGCAAGAGCCUCUGCCCACUUGGUGGUAGCUUCAGAUGGCAUACACAGCUUUGUAAGACAGAAAGUGUUUGGUGUGGACCAGCCAGAAUUCACAGGCUUUCGAGUUUUGUACAGUGUUUCUUCGAAGGCAUAUCGCCCUGAUGCUACAGUAGCCAAUAUUCACUGGAAAGAGUUGGAUGGAGCUGGCUAUGGGUUUCUGGAUCUCACAGCUGGACAAGGCAAGGGCCGGCACGACAUUUGCGUCAUCAUCCUGCGCAGCGAGGAGCAGGUGACUGACAGGUGGGAGUCCACCAUGGUGAAGGAUCGUCUUCGGAAGCUUGCUGAACGUGUGGGGUCUGACCACCCUGUGCUGCUGAAGGCGGUGGAGUCUUCGGAGGUUUGCUUUGACUGGGGGAUCUACAGGCAGCCCUUGCGCGACACCUGGAUCUCCAGCAAGGGCCGGGUGGUUUUGCUCGGGGACGCGGCGCAUGCCACUGCACCCUUCAUGGGCCAAGGUGCCAACAUGGCGAUGGACGAUGCCUAUACCUUGGCCCAGAUCUUGAGGAACGAAAGGAUCUCGCUUUCUGAGGGGAUGCACCUCUAUGAGACCACACGCAAGGCUCCCUGCGAAGCGAUCGUCAGCAAAAGCUCCAAAGUCGGCGACUUGCACACUGCCAGCGGUAUGAAAGCUGUCUUCCGGAACAACUUCUUGUGUUGUUUCCUGCUCGGAGACAUGAGACGAGUAGUGUCCGCAGAUCCCACUGCCCAAAAGCCGUGGGAGGAGAGCAGCUUUCAAAAGCUAAGCAAGAAGGUUUGCAGCAUUUGUUCAGCCAAGGGUGGGGCUUAA